AUGGCCCACAUCCCUAUCUGUCGGGCUAAGAAGCCAUCAACAAAUCCACCUGACGGACCCGAAUGGUCACAGUCCAAUAGACAGUCGGGCCUUCAAGGUUAUCUCAAUGAUCCGGAGGCCACAGCAGCAACCAUAGACAGCGAAGGUUGGUUGCAUACUGGUGAUAUCGGCUUUAUCGACGACGAUGAUGAGCUCUUCAUCGUCGAUAGGUUGAAGGAGAUAAUAAAAUACAAAGGAUUUCAAGUUGCACCUGCUGAACUUGAAGCGUUGCUUCUCACUCAUCCCAACAUUUCGGAUGCUGCUGUUGUCGGAAUGAAAGAUGAAUUAGCAGGAGAGGUUCCAGUUGCCUUUGUUGUGAGAUCAAGCGGCUCUGAUGUCACUGAGGAUGCGAUCAAGCAGUUCAUCUCCAAACAGGUAGUGUUUUACAAGAGAAUAAACAGGGUUUUCUUCGUGGAUGCAAUUCCAAAAGCACCCUCGGGCAAAAUCUUAAGGAAGGAAUUGAGAGCAAAGCUGGUAGCUGGUGUUCAAAAUUAGAGUACCUACCUGCCUUGUGUUCUUUCAGGUAAAUCCAGGCUCGAUACUUGCACUCCCAAGAGCCUCUCUCUCUUUAUUAACUAUUGUCUAUUCAAAAAAAAAAAAAAAAAGAAACAUGUUUGAAAAAUCAAUUUUAGAAUAACAUAAUUUCUGUAAGAAAUGAUUUAUGAAAAAACUGGCAAUGUCUUGUAUUUUUAGUUUAUUUUGAAGGAAAAGACUGAUGGGGCUGCAGGUAAUUAAUGUAAUUUUCUUGUGGUCAACCCAUAUAUUUGUAAGAUAAGGGGGAGGGUAAUACAUUUACUAUGCCUUUCUCCUACAUGUUUGGGAAUAUUGUUCGGCUUUAAUGUAAUGAAGUUUCUUUGGUGGGAGGAAAGUGGUAAACUGUUGUUCUGGAAAUAGUGGGCGGAUUCUGGACUUGGGAAAUACAUUAUUUACUUUCCCACAACACAUUCUUUACUUUAUCACAGCGGGACCGAGGAUUAAGGCUAUACCUUCCAUCCAGAAGGGGAGACUCCCACGAACGAACUGUGCUCCUUAUU